AUGAGUUAUGGAGUCGAUCACCAGGAUGAAUAUGAUAUGGAGCUUAGAAUGGAAGAGGAUAUUAGAGAUGAGUACUGUCGCGGGCCAGGUCAACUGGACGAGGAUAACGUGAUGGUAAAUGCGUUGGAUAGGGAGAACAUAUUCUGGAAGAAGAGGCUGGACGAGUACACGGAAGAACGUGGGACGAUUCUACGGGAACAAGAAUUUGAAGAAGUACGGGCGCUUGAAGAGAAACGCAUCAAAGAGCAGAAGCGGAUUCAUGAUGAAAGUCGGGUCCAGAAGGAGCUCCGACAAAGGGAACUAUAUGAAGCCCAACAAGAGCAGGAGUGGGAACAAAUGGAUGAAGAUAUGAGGCAAGCGGAGAUCCGAAUUGAAGCACCUUUGUCGGGGGACGAGGCAUGGGAUGAAAUGUCGAGCGAGAACGAGCCCGAAGCGGGAUCCGAAUCCUGGCCGAGGGAGCGAAAACCAAAACUAGAGGAGUCCAAGGUUGCUUUUGUGCUCUCCGUUUUCGAACCAUACAUCAGGAACUACUCUUCUCGACAGCUCACGUACAGCUCCGACGCCCUUGCCGCGAUCCUAUCAAUCCUACAGUUGUUUUCGAGUGCGGUCGCCGAAUUCCGUACCUACUAUGGAGUUCCAUUUUACUAUGGCACACCUCAGUCCAAGCCCCGUCUGCCUCUCUGUCCAAAUCGCACUUAUGUCCUGAACCUCGCCACAGGACUAUGCUGGAGCCAUGGGAAUAGAGACCUGAAAGCUAUAAAGGAGUUUCCGCAGAUCCUCGGCGAGAUGAGACGAGACGAUGAUGACGCAGUUGAUCUGAACAGUUGA